AUGCUACCCUUCCUCUUCCCUGACCUUGCCGCCUUUCCCACUGUCGCUGAUCUCAUUACGCACCUCCGCACUAGUGACACCCGCUACCGCGCUGCGCUUCCUGCUGACUUCUGCGCCAAGAACCCCCCCCCCAUGUACAUCACUCUCUACUUUCUAGUCACCAGCCUCCCUGACUCCCUUCGUGUAGUCCGGGACCACUUUCUCGCGGUCUGUCCCACCACUCUCACAGUCGACAGCCUAGAGAAGGCUCUCCUAGCGGCGGAGAAGAGCAUCGUCGCUGUAGGAGCUUCUCAAGGUGACCCCCGCGCCCCCAUCUUUGAGGGGUGUUCUCCUUCCCCUCUCUUGCCCUCUGUCGCCUCUGCCGCUGCGGCCGACCUCGUUGGUCUUGAGUCGGUCAGUGCGGCGUCUGCCCCUAGCGGGAGACGCCGCCCUGGCAAGGGCAAGGGGGGCAAGGGAGCGGGUGGGGCUAGCGGGGGCGGUGGCGGUGGAGGUGGAGGCGGCGGAGGGAGUGGGAGUGGCGGUGGAGGAGGUGGCGGGGGUGCGGGUGCUAGUGGUAGCAAUGGAGGCGGAGGCGGCGUCGGUGGCGGCGGUACUGGCGGAGGUGGCGGCGGUGGCGGAGGUGGAGGAGGUGGAGGUGGAGGUGGUGGAGGUGGUCGGAGUGGCACUUCACAGCGGAGCGGCACUGGGGGUGGUCAGCGCCAGCAGCACCAGCAGCGUUCUCGCGACGUCCCCACCCCUCAGCAGCUCCGUGAGUGGUACACGCAGCGUCAGCGUGGUGGGGGACUUGGUCCCUGCACCUACGUCCUUCGCACCAGCGACCGCGCGGGUACUGGUGAGGCUGCUGCCCUAGGUGCUUGCGACGCUGCUGCUCUAGGUGCUGGUGUGUCUGCGUCCUCAGGUACUGGUGAGUCUGCGCUCUCAGGUACUACGUCGGCUUCGGCCUCCCACACCUUCACCCUUGACUCUGGGGCGUCUCGCUCCUUCUUUCGGGAUUGCACCACACUCACGCCGCUUAGUCGGCCGGUUGCGGUUUCCCUGGCUGACCCCUCCGGGGGUCCUGUCCUGUCUCGCUUCUCCAUUGUCCUCCCGUGUCCGGCGGCUCCCUCUGGCACCCUGUCUGGUCUCUACCUCCCCUCGUUCUCUACGAACUUGGUGAGUGGUGCUGACCUACAGGAUGCGGGAGUCCACGAGUUCACCCCUGCUCGUCAGCGGGUGACGCACUGCACAGAGGCUAGCACAGGUCGUCACCUGGCUACGUUUACCCGUCAGCCAGGGUCGAGCCUGUACAGACUGACCACUGCGUCUUCCCCAGUUACUGAGUCUGGUAGGGUCCCUGCGUCUGGUCAGGUGUUUGCUGCAGCGUCCAGGUCUGGUCCUGAGUCUGCCCCCUGUUCGUGUCAUCUCCUGUCUCACGAGACUCUCCUCUGGCACCACCGCCUUGGUCACCCCUCUCUGCUUCGGCUCAAAGGCAUGGCCUCCCGCUCUUCUUGGUACCAGGUCCCCCCCCGGUAG